ACUACCCAGGGAUAGACAGAGGAAAAGGGACAUUAGCUCACAGCAAAGGACGGUAAACAAGUCGACCCGAGCGGCGCGACACUGCAGGAGAGGCUCAGCACAGAACCAGCUGAGCAAACAGUGGAUGCCAGGGACCCGGCUACAGCUGCGCUCCAGCCCGCACAGUUGCAGGAGGGCUGUGCUCCCGGACACCCAGGAUGAGGCUGCUCUUCACAGCCCUCCUGCUGGCUGCUGCCCAUGCUGCUGAAGAGUCCUGCGAGGGUCGCUGCGAUGAGGGCUUCAACGCGACGUACAAGUGCCAGUGUGACACCCUCUGUGUGUACUACCAGAGCUGCUGCAGCGACUACACCACCGCCUGCAAAGCCAAAGUGACCCGGGGGGAUGUGUUCGCCUUGCCAGAGGAUGAGUACCUUAACUACGACCUCAAUGUCAACUUGGGCACAGAGCCACCCACAGCUGAGCCACCCACGGCUCUGCCACCCGUGGCCCUGCACACGCCAGAGAACAAGCCAGGCCCUGUGGAGACACCAACAGAUGUGCCAGUGGUGGAGGUGCCCUACACCACAUUGGAUGGGUUCUGGGACCCUGAUCCUGAGCCCGAGCCCGAGCCUGAGCCCGAGCCUGAGCCCGAGCCUGAGCCUGAGCCCGAACCCGAGCAGCUGUGCAGCAAGAAACCUUUUGAUGCCUUUACUGACCUAAAGAAUGGCUCCAUUUAUGCUUUCCGAGGGAAGUACUUCUAUGAGCUGGAUGAGAGAAGUGUCCGGCCUGGCUACCCCAAGCUCAUCAGCGACGUCUGGGGCAUCGAGGGCCCCAUCGAUGCAGCCUUCACACGCAUCAACUGCCAGGGCAAGACUUACCUGUUCAAGGGCAGCCAGUACUGGCGCUUUGACGAUGGAGUCCUGGACCCCGAGUACCCACGCAACAUCUCCGACGGCUUUGAGGGCAUCCCCAACAACAUCAACGCGGCCUUCGCCCUCCCUGCGCACAGCUACAGCGGCAACGAGAGAGUUUAUUUCUUCAAGGACAAGUACUACUGGUCCUAUGACUUUGCCCACCAGCCCACCCAGGCUGACUGUGAGAAGUCCUCCCCCUCAACCGUGUUCAACCACUACGCCUUCAUGAACCGUGACAGCUGGGAGGACAUCUUUGAGAUCCUUUUUGGUGGCAGGACUGUGGGAGCGAGCCGCCCCCGGUACAUCAGCAGGGACUGGCGGGGGGUGCCCAGCCGGCUGGAUGCCGCCAUGGCCGGCAGGAUCUACGUGGCCUCCCAGCAGCCCCGGAGGAGGAAGUCCCGUCGCCAGCGCAAGAGGUACAAGAACCACCGGUCACUGAAUCUGGGGUUCUGGAGUUGGCUGCAAAAUGACUCCGACUCGGCGGGUGUUGAAAACGACUGGUUGUCAGGCUCCAAGUGCGAGACCCUCCAGAGCGUCUACUUCUUUGUGGGAGACAAGUAUUACCGCGUCAACCUGCGCACCAAGCGCGUGGACCUGGUGCGGCCCCGCUACCCCCGCUCCAUCGCCCAGUACUGGCUGGACUGCCCACAGCUCGGGGAGGAGAGCACCUGAGAGGGCCCUGCUGGGCAGUACAGCCCCCAACUAGACAGAAAUAAACGGAGUGCCGCACAGGCUGGAGAGCCCUGUCCAUCCA